AAUAGUAGGUCAGCCUGCUGUCGCGGCCUGGUGUCGCGGCAGUACACUGUCGGUGAGGGGGAAUGGAGCUCGAAACCGAGGCGCUCUUGCAAGAGGCUCGCGAGAGCGUCGAGGCGGCGCGGACCUACCGCCGGGAGCUGCAGCAGCGCCUGAAGGGGCUGCACCUGGCACGCCAACAGAUCAAAGAGAGUGCAGCUCUGACGAGGGAUGUACUUGGGCAGCAUUUUAAUGAUUUAAAAGGGACCCUGAGGAAGCUGCUGGAUGAGAGGCUGGUGUCCUUGCUGCAGGAAGUGGACACCAUUGAACAGGACAGCAUCAAGCCCUUGGAAGAGUGCCAGAAGCUGAUAGAACAUGGAGUCAGUACAGCUGAUGAACUUGUCCGGGAAGGUGAGAAUGCCAUCCAUGGAACUAUAGGGGAGGACAGAGACAAACUCUGCAGCUUUACCAAAAAGGCUUUGCAUAUUCAGCUGGAUAGUUUGCCAGAAGUGCCCGCACUGGUAGACGUGCCUUGUUUAUCUGCCCAACUGGAUGACUCUCUUCUUACAAUAGUGAAAAGUGAGAUCUUCAAACACGGGACAAUAGCAUCUCGACCGCCAAUUCAGAUAGAAGAGCUUAUUGAGAAGCCGGGAGGUAUCCUAGUGCGAUGGUGUAAGGUUGAUGAUGACUUCAUACCACAAGACUACAGGCUUCAGUAUUGCAAAAGUAAUGCCACCCACUUUGAAGAUGUGUAUGUCGGCUCAGAGACAGAAUUCAUAGUAUUGCACAUCGACCCCAAUGUCGACUAUCAGUUCAGGGUUUGUGCUAGAGGAGAUGGUCGGCAGGAAUGGAGUCCAUGGAGCGUUUCUCAAAUUGGUCAUACAACAUUAGUGCCUCAUGAAUGGGCACCUGGCUUUGACGGAUAUAGCCUGAGUAGCCGAAGAAACAUAGCCCUCCGAAAUGAUUCACAGCCUGGUGGGGUGCUGUACUCCAAGGCUCCAACCUACUAUUGUGGUCAGACGUUGACGUUCCGAAUUGAAACAGUUGGCCCAGUGGACAAAAAAGACAGCAUAGGUGUUUGUGUGGAGCAGCAGAACGGCUGUGAUUCUUUGCAGCGGGACAAAGCAGUGUGUAUUAGCACCAAUGGUGCUGUAUUUGUGAAUGGCAAAGAGAUGACAAACCAGUUGCCUGCAGUUACUUCAGGAUCAGCUGUGACAUUUGACAUGGAAGCUGUGAACCUGGGUCCUUCCAACAACAAUGAAGGGGGGAAUUUCAAACUUAGAGUCACAAUUAGUUCUAACAACAGGGAAGUGGUCUUUGACUGGGUACUUGAUCAGUGCUGCGGUUCUCUGUAUUUUGGAUGUUCAUUUUCCUACCCUGGCUGGAAAGUGCUGGUGUUCUAGCCUCUGAAACAGUGUUUAGAUUGCGUCCCUCUGCAGUUGGACUCAGUGACGCAGUGGUUUGCUAGAGCAGUCUCCUAAACUGUGUGUUUUUAGUACACUGGGAUAGAGUCUGUACAGGAGUGAGCCCCGUAACAAAAACCUGUCCUAUGUGAUUGAAUUACUUGAACUCUGUCCUCUUUACUGGAUUCACUUAAUAUAGAGGUGAAACAUCUGGAAAACUAAGUAGAUUUUCAGGGCUGAUAUCAAUUUAUGUGUUUAGAUUAUUUUUUUACGGGGUGGAGUGAGACCCAGAGUGGAUCCCAUUACUGUGUUCCUAUCUAUGCAUCAUUGUGCUUACUGUACAGAUUGGACUUUGCCUAACGCUGCUUUUAUUUUUGGCUCAGGGUUAGUGGACCAAACUCUUAGACAUGCUAUCUCACUCAGAGGAAGGUACUGCAACAGUAAACCACAGCUGGGCAUAGUCUUGAUCAUGCUUCAGUGGUUUUCCUCUUUGGAAUCUGAUGUUGAUGCAUUUUGCUCAUUGGAACACUUCUUUUCCUCUGGUGGGCGGUACCAUUGUUUUACUGCAGCAAAACAGCAACAUCUUAAGCUGAGAUUGUUCAAAUGUACAGUACCUCUGCCUCCACUCCUUAACCAUGUGCCUUAGUUGCAGGCUUUUAUGGAACAGUAUUGUAUGUGUAGGAGAAUUAAGUUUUCAGUAAUAACCGUGCAGCAUCCAGUUACAUACCACUGGAUUGUUGCACUUCGGUCAAGCUUUGGAAUAAAUGGUGCAUUCACACAAUUUUUUAAACGUCAGAAUCCUGCAGGAGCUCUCACAGCAAGUGCCCUUACGGUGAUGACAUCACACAGUUUCAGCAGAACUUCUGUAUUCUUUAGUAAUAUCCCUUUGUGUAAGAAGAUUCUGUGUUGGUUCUGAACAUUCUUGAGGAGAACCCACAGAGGAAAAUGUGGUCUCAUCCAGAAUUACUUGUCAAGCUUUUCCUUACUGAUCAAGGGAUUCAAAGAACAAUUCUGCAGUAGCUUAGGAGAAGGGGGCAUUGGGGUGUGGGAGAAUGUUCCUGCAAUCAAGGAGGUACCGUAUAGAAAAGGGUACAUGUAAAUGCAUUCAUAGCUUGCAUAGGGUCAAUACAGGGUUCGGGUAAUGGUAAUAACUGGGGAACAACUUCUUUGUAGCACAUGUAUAAGCUUAUGUAUACUGGGCCCAAGCUUCAAACCUCUCCCCCCUCCCCUCGGUUUAAGCCAUUGACAUGCUGCAUUUUUAGGGUAUUUAUUUUUGUGUGGCUAAGGCAGCUCAGACUAUGUGAUACUAUAUCACAAAAACUAUAUUCUGUGUGUUUAGGAGCCCAUGUGGUUCCCAGGAUGACUGGAAAAAAGCACACAGGGGAAAAAAUCCACAGAAACCCCCCCCCAGUCAUAAAUGCUCACAGUAAAAAA